AGCAGCGUUUCCAAUGUGGCGUCCGAGGCUCAAGGUCCUUGCGCUCGAAUAUAAAUGGACAGCUUGGAGAGCACAUUUUUGGGAAGAAAAAUGAGAGGACUUUGGGUUUUGCUGGCUCUGUUUGUUGCCGUUUUCGGCAAGGAGACCUUCGAGGGACACCAGGUCCUUCGGAUCACUGCCGUAAAUGAGGCUCAGAUCAAUCUCCUGAAGGAACUCUCGGAGAUUGAGCACCUUGGGCUGGAUUUCUGGAUGGAUCCCGUUGACGUGUCCCUGCCUGUCGAUGUCCGUGUUCCCUUCUACAGCCUGCAGGACGUCAGGGCAUUCCUGGGGUACCAUGAGAUCCACUAUGAGAUCAUGAUCCAGGAUCUUCAGGAUCUUCUCAACGAGGAGCAGCGUGAGAUUUUGAGAUCGAUGGCUCUCCAGCCGAGAAGCACUGAAGAUUACAACUAUGCCAACUACCACACGCUAAACGAGAUCAACAGCUUCAUUGACAUGUUGGUGCAGGAGAACCCUGGUUUUGUUAGCAAGAUCGUGAUCGGACAGAGUUACGAGAAGCGUCCACUAAACGUCCUGAAAUUUAGCACUGGUGCUAACCGGCCUGGUCUCUGGAUUGACACCGGUAUUCACUCCAGAGAAUGGGUGACCCAAGCUAGUGGAACCUGGUUCGCCAAAAAGAUCGUGACUGAUUACGGACGUGACGCAGAGCUGACCGACAUCCUCAACAAGUAUGACAUUUUCCUGGAGAUUGUCACCAAUCCUGAUGGAUUCCAGUUCACCCACACCAAUAACCGCAUGUGGCGCAAGACGAGGAAGCCCAAUUCUGGAUCUAGCUGCAUUGGAGUCGACCCCAACAGGAACUGGGAUGCUGGGUUUGGAGGCGCUGGAGCUAGUAGUAGCCCUUGCUCAGAGACGUAUCGUGGACCAAGCGCUAACUCAGAGCCUGAGGUCAAGGCCAUUGUAGACUUUGUCAAGUCUCACGGGAAGAUUAAAGCCUUCGUGUCCAUCCACAGCUACUCUCAGAUGCUCCUCUACCCGUACGGCUACACCCAAACUCCCUGCAAGGACCAGGCUGAGCUGCAUGAGCUUGCAAGAAAGGCUAUCACUGCCCUGAGCAGCCUGUAUAACACUCAAUACAGAUUUGGCAGCAUCAUCAACACCAUCUACCAAGCAAGCGGUGGCACCAUUGACUGGACCUACAACCAAGGCAUCAAGUACUCCUACACCUUUGAGCUGAGAGACACCGGACGAUACGGAUUCAUCCUGCCAGCCAAUCAGAUCAUCCCGACUGCUCAGGAGACCUGGUUGGCCCUCAUGGCCAUCAUGAAGCAUACCAAGGACAACCCAUACUAAACCAGCAGCUCAGCUCAACUCCUGAGGCAUCAGUCGAAGAGAAAAUGAGGAGUUCUUUCAAAUUGGAUACAAUAAAAAAAAGAAUAAUAGUGAUUGUCUUUAA